UUUACUCUCUCUAAACAGAUGACAGUGACUCUUUCAGCUGGUUCUGAAAUGUUCAAAGUAUAAUUAACAAUGAUAUUCUCAUAUUUCAACAUCCCAACAACUUCCUCUUGCUUUACAUAGCCAUUUAUUUCUCCAUCCAUCCGUCUGUUUGUUUAUCUAUCCGUUGAGGAAGAAGAAAACUGCGACGUUCUUACAUUCUCCCAACUUUUCGAGGUACCUCGACUAAUAAGCAGAAGGGAAAAUGGACGAUAAAAUGCGAGCUUCAAGAAGACAAACAAGCUGGAGUAUGAGCAGGAGCAGGACUACUGGUAGAAGCCUAAGUAGGGCAAACUGGAACGUGGAGGAUGUCUUUUCCGGCUCCACGAAUAGGCGGAGCAUUCGAGCCGACGAAGAUGAAGAAGCUCUACGAUGGGCUGCUCUAGAGAAGUUACCAACCUACGACAGAUUACGAAAAACUGUACUAAAAUAUUUCGAAGAAACUGCCAAUAAAGACAAUAAGGUUGUGCACAAGGAGGUUGAUGUAAGAAAACUUGACAUGAAUGAUCGACAAGAAUUCAUUGAUAGGCUUUUCAAGGUGGCUGAGGAAGAUAAUGAAAAGUUCUUGAGAAAGUUUAGGGAUAGAGUUGACAGAGUUGGGAUUACCCUUCCUACAGUAGAAGUGAGAUAUGAACACUUAACCGUCGAGGCAGAUUGCUUUGUAGGCGACAGAGCUCUACCGACACUGCCAAACGCUGCUCGUAACAUCGCUGAGACAGCAUUAAGUUGUUUCGGCAUCAGAUUGGCUCAGAAAACAAAACUCACAAUAUUAAAAGAUGCUUCUGGGAUCAUAAAACCAUCAAGGAUGACCCUUCUUUUAGGGCCACCUUCGUCCGGGAAAACAACCCUUUUGUUAGCUUUGGCAGGGAACUUAGACCCGACCCUCAAGACAAGGGGAGAAAUCACAUACAAUGGGCAUCAACUCAAUGAAUUUGUACCACAGAAGACAUCAGCAUACAUUAGCCAAAAUGAUGUUCAUGUAGGAGAAAUGACAGUCAAAGAAACCCUAGAUUUCUCUGCUAGAUGUCAAGGGGUUGGAUCCCGAUAUGGUAAUACGAUAAAUUUCAAAAUCAUUAUUAUUAUUUUUUUUAAAUUUCAUGGAAAUAAUUGUAUUCUAACUAUCAAAAUUAAAUUAGAACUUUUGACUGAACUGGCGAGAAGAGAGAGGGCUGCCGGUAUCUUUCCUGAGGCGGAGGUUGAUCUUUUUAUGAAGGCAACUGCAAUGGAAGGAGUAGAGAGCAGUCUUAUUACAGACUAUACUCUUAGGAUAUUGGGACUUGAUGUGUGUCGAGAUACUAUUGUUGGAGAUGAAAUGAUACGAGGAAUUUCAGGAGGACAAAAGAAGCGUGUGACAACCGGUGAGAUGAUUGUUGGGCCAACCAAAACACUGUUUAUGGAUGAAAUAUCAACGGGCCUAGAUAGCUCCACAACAUUUCAGAUAGUAAAGUGCUUGCAACAAGUUGUACACCUAACCGAAGCAACCAUCUUGAUGUCCCUCCUCCAGCCAGCUCCGGAGACGUUUGAACUCUUUGAUGAUAUCAUCCUCUUAUCGGAAGGCCAGAUUGUCUAUCAAGGCCCACGAGAGCACGUCCUUGAGUUCUUCGAGAGCUGUGGAUUCAAGUGUCCAGAGAGAAAGGGAACUGCCGAUUUUCUGCAAGAGGUGACAUCAAGAAAAGAUCAGGAGCAAUACUGGACAGACAGAAUCAAACCAUACAAAUACAUUCCAGUAAGCGAAUUUGCAAAAAGAUUCAAACGUUUCCAUGUGGGUCUACGGCUUGAAAACGAACUAUCAAUCCCUUAUGACAAGAGCCGAAGUCACAAAGCAGCUUUAGUGUUUAAAAAGUUCUUAGUUCCAAAAAGAGAACUUCUCAAAGCCAACUUUGACAAGGAAUGGCUGUUGAUCAAAAGAAAUUCUUUCGUCUAUGUAUUCAAGACUGUCCAAAUCAUCAUUGUGGCAAUCAUCACAUCUACUGUCUUUUUGAGAACUCAGUUACACACUAGGAAUGAAAAUGAUGGUGCGGUCUACAUAGGUGCACUAUUGUUUAGCAUGGUAAGCAAUACAUUCAAUGGUUUCGCAGAGCUCUCUCUCGCCAUACAGAGACUUCCCGUCUUCUACAAGCAGAGGGAUCUUCUUUUCCAUCCACCUUGGACUUUCACUCUGCCAACAAUUCUACUAAAAAUACCUAUAUCCGUGAUAGAGACUAUUGUGUGGAUGGUCAUAACAUACUACACCAUUGGAUUUGCCCCAGAAGCUAGCAGGUUCUUCAAGCACCUAUUAUUGAUCUUUAUGAUCCAGCAAAUGGCAGGGGGAAUAUUUAGGCUCAUUGCAGCGAUAUGCAGGACCAUGAUUAUCUCAAACACUGGUGGUGCUCUUACCCUUCUGCUCGUGUUCCUUUUGGGUGGUUUCAUCCUUCCAAGAGAAAAAAUUCCUGUCUGGUGGAGGUGGGGAUACUGGGUUUCACCCCUGAGUUAUGGUUACAAUGCAAUCGCAGUAAAUGAAAUGCUUGCUCCAAGAUGGAUGAACAAAACGGCAUCAGACAGUGUGACAAGAUUGGGUGUGGCAGUGUUGAACAACUUUGAUAUCUUCCCUGAAAGAAACUGGUAUUGGAUAGGCGUAGGUGGCCUCAUUGGGUUCACAAUUCUCUUCAACGUUCUUUACACCUUUGCCCUCAUGUACCUUAACCCUCUUGGAAAGCCACAAGCUAUCAUAUCCAAAGAGAUGGCAAGGGAGAUGGAAACUGGCCAUGAAGAAAUAAAUGAAGCACCAAGGCUUAGAAUGACAUCAUCAAAGAAAGAAUCUCUUCCUCGAUCCUUAUCUGCUGCUGAUGGAAAUAACACAAUGGAAAUGGCAAUGCAAAGGAUGAGCAACCAUUCCAAUGCCAAUGGACUAUUUAUAAAUCAAGACUCAAACCUUGAGGCUGCAAUAGGCGUUGCUCCAAAGAGAGGGAUGGUUUUGCCAUUCACACCUCUGGCCAUGUCCUUUGACACUGUAAAUUACUUUGUCGACAUGCCUCCGGAAAUGAAGGAACAAGGAGUGACAGAGGAUAAACUUCGAUUACUUUGUGAAGUAACUGGUGCAUUUAGGCCAGGAGUUCUGACUGCAUUGAUGGGAGUGAGUGGAGCCGGAAAAACCACGCUAAUGGAUGUUCUGGCCGGACGAAAGACUGGUGGUUACAUUGACGGUGACAUUGGAAUAUCUGGAUUUCCAAAGAUACAAGAAACAUUUGCUAGAAUUUCGGGAUAUUGUGAACAAAACGAUAUCCACUCACCUCAAGUAACCGUUCAAGAAUCAUUGAUUUAUUCUGCCUUUCUCCGGCUGCCUAAAGAAGUUAGCAAGGAAGAAAAGAUGACUUUUGUGGAUGAAGUAAUGGAUCUGGUUGAACUAGACAAUCUCAAAGACGCCAUCGUGGGGAUCCCCGGAGUUACUGGAUUGUCAACAGAACAGAGAAAGAGAUUGACCAUUGCAGUUGAACUAGUUGCUAAUCCUUCAAUCAUAUUCAUGGACGAACCAACUUCUGGCUUAGAUGCACGAGCAGCGGCAAUUGUCAUGAGGACUGUGAGAAACACAGUGGACACAGGUAGAACUGUGGUUUGCACAAUUCAUCAGCCUAGCAUCGAUAUAUUUGAAGCUUUUGAUGAGCUGCUUCUCAUGAAAAGAGGAGGACAAGUGAUAUAUGCUGGACCAUUAGGCCAGCAUUCACAAAAAAUAAUUGAAUAUUUUGAGGCAAUUCCAGGCGUCCCAAGGAUUAAAGAGAAAUAUAAUCCUGCAACAUGGAUGCUCGAAGUGAGCUCAGUGGCUACAGAAGCGAGACUUUCGAUGGAUUUUUCUGAACACUACAAGUCAUCAACCCUAUAUCAGCGAAAUAAGGCUCUAGUGAAAGAGUUGAGUACACCCCCUCCCGGGGCAAAAGACCUAUAUUUUCCUACGCAGUACUCUCAAGCCACAUGGGGUCAAUUCAAGUCCUGCCUCUGGAAGCAAUGGUGGACUUACUGGAGAAGUCCUGAUUAUAAUCUAGUCAGAUACUUCUUCACUUUGGCUUGUGCACUCAUGGUUGGGACAAUUUUCUGGAGAGUUGGCACAAAAAGGGAAAGCAGUGCAGACCUUUUGACGGUCAUCGGGGCCAUGUAUACUUCUGUGUUGUUUGUUGGAAUCAAUAACUGCUCAACAGUACAGCCGGUUGUAGCCAUCGAGAGAACUGUAUUCUAUAGGGAAAGAGCUGCAGGAAUGUACUCAGCGUUGCCAUAUGCCAUUGCACAGGUCAUUGUAGAAAUACCUUAUGUACUUGUUCAGACUACAUAUUAUACUCUUAUAGUGUAUGCCAUGGUGAGCUUUCAAUGGACAGCUGCUAAAUUCUUUUGGUUCUUCUUCGUGAACUUCUUUUCCUUUCUCUACUUCACAUACUACGGAAUGAUGACUGUCUCCAUCACGCCAAACCACCAAGUGGCAGCAAUCUUUGCAGCAGCUUUUUAUGCACUUUUCAAUCUUUUCUCCGGUUUCUUUAUCCCCAGACCGAGCAUUCCCAAGUGGUGGGUAUGGUACUACUGGAUUUGCCCAGUGGCAUGGACAGUGUACGGACUUAUUAUAGGACAGUAUGGCGAUGUGGAGGAAACCAUUAAAGUGCCUGGGAUGUCCUUUGAACCUAUGAUUAAAAACUAUAUUCAAGAUCACUUUGGUUAUGAUCCCAACUUUAAAGGACCAGUUGCUGCAGUUUUGGUUGGUUUCACAGUCUUCUUUGCGUUCUUGUAUGCACAUUGCAUCAAGAAACUGAACUUCCAAAUGAGGUAGAAUGGAUUGGUAAAAAAAAAAAAAAUGUAAAAUGUAAAUAUAUUUUUCAGGCAUCUCGUGGUAUAACAAGAAAAUGUUUGUAAUGGGUUAUAUUAAGUUAAUAUCAUAGGAUAGAGUAUGUUUCCUUCUCCAUUCCCCAAUUCAUAAGGUCAUACUUCUCUAAUGGGGUGAAUGUGUGUAUUCCUAAGUUUUGAGAACUAUAUAUAUAGUUGAAAUGUAAUUAUUUCUUGAAUUUUGUAAACUUAUAUCUAAAAAGUUAUCUUUAUGGGGACGUAAAAGUUGUCAUGU